AUGCAUCGAACUGAUUCCUCUUUUCGACGUCAUCCAGGUGGUGGUAGUUUACGUCGAUUUAGUUUUCGUCGUAAACCUACUCGAGAAUCAAUACAAGAACCAUCAUCAACAUGGUCAUUCAAUAAUGAAUCCAAUGAAUGGCAAUUACUUCGAGAAGAUGGUGCUCAUAUUCAACUUGUCUACAAUAAAUCUGAACAUAUUCCUUUGAAAGAUUUUGCAGCUGAAAUUCGAGGUGGAAAAGAUAUAAAAGAAUUUAUACUUAGUGCUCUUGUUCUUCUUGAUGUACAAGAUACAUCAAUAUGGGAUUUAAUGGAAAUAAUUCUUCGAAGAAUAAAACAGACAAGUAUACCUAAUACUACAACAGCAGCAUCACCCACAUCAACUAUACCAACUGCGACUACUACAAUGAUUAGUAAUACAGUUAGUGGUAAUAGUAGUGGACAUCGAGAAAAUUUAAAUAUAGAAGAAAUCAAACAAGCAUUAUUUGUUAAUGAUCGAGUCCGAAUCUUAGCAAAAACACUUCAAGCAACAACAGCGACGGAAACCAAUUGGACUUAUGAUCAAUCAUGGCUUGCAAUUAUGUGUACUUCACCAUCAAUUCUAAAACGUCAUGUUGCUAUAGCUCGCCUAAAAAAUCCUUGUAAUUUCGGACGUAAUUGUCAAGAAGCACGUUUUAUUGUAUUUAUAUUAUCACCAAUGAAAGAAAAAGGAACAAAAAAUUUUCUUGAAACUGGUCGAACAUUUGCUACAAUAUUUGCUGAUAUUGAAUUACGUGCUAAAUUAUUAAAAGCAACAACACAACAAGAAUUUAUUUCAAUUAUUGAUAAACAUACAGAUAAUUUAAUGGAACAGCAAACAUCAGUAGCACGAAAUUCGUUACCAGAUCCAUUUGAUGAUAUUAAUAAUAAUUCUGAUUUAUUAAAAGUUAAAACAUACUAUUGUCCAAUACUUUCUGAUAUUUGUAUGGAUUUAUCACGACGGUUACCUCAUUAUUUUUCAGAUUAUUAUGACAUUUUUAAAACUCAUCAUGGUUCACAAAAAGUUGUAUCAACUGCUGUAUUUCUUUAUUUUGCAUGUCUUUUACCAAGCAUAGCAUUCGGUGUAUUGAACUCUCAAGUUACAAAUGAUCAAAUAAGUGUACCAAAAGCUGUUGCAUCUCAAUGUCUUGGUGGAUUAUUUUUUUCAAUAUUUGCUGGACAGCCUUUAAUUGUUGUUAUGACAACAGCACCAUUGACACUCUAUGUUAAAGUUAUUUGCAUCCUGUGUACUUGGUACCGUUUGGAUUUUCGAGAGACAUACGCAUUAGUUGGUUUAUGGAAUUCAUUUUUUCUUAUUAUAUUUUCAUUUUUUGGUGUUUCAAAAGUAAUGAAAUGGUCAACAAGAUCAACGGAAGAGAUUUUUGCUUUAUUUGUAUCUGUGGCAUUUUUGGUUGAUGCUAGUGCACAUGUUUUUCAAAAUUUUGUUGGUAAUUAUUCAACUCCUGCUUGUAAACAUUAUGAUGAUUAUUGGAAAUUACGUCGAAUGAAUGAAAGUAUAUCUGUUAAUACAACAGGAGAUUUUUUAGAUGAACCAUGCUCACGUGAUUCAAGUUUACUUUAUAUUUUAUUAACACUUGGAACAGUAUGGUUAGGAACGUUUCUAUAUAAAUUUAAACAAACACCAUAUUUAACAUCAGCGAAACGAGAAUUAUUAGCAGAUUAUGCAUUACCGGUAUCUGUUAUAGUAAUGUCAUUGAUUGGUAGUCUUCUUUUUAGUCAAAUAAAUCUACAAUCAUUUCCUGUUAAUCAUGAACCUCUUUUUGUAUUAGUUCGAUUUAAAUCUGUUACUUUUAAACAAAUAAUUGCAACAGGUGGUCUUGGUUUUUCAUUAUCUUUAUUAAUGUUCCUUGAUCAAAAUAUAGCCGGUGCUAUUGUUAAUUCUCCGGCGAAUAAAUUAAAAAAAGGCAAAGCAUUUCAUGUCGAUCUCUUUGUCAUUGCUAUACUUAAUGGUUGGCUUUCGUUGUUUGGAUUGACAUGGAUGCAUGGCGCAUUACCACUAUCACCCUUACAUGUGAAAGCACUUGCUGAUACAGAAGAACGUGUGGAACAAGGGCAUAUACAGUCCGUUAUUGUUAAAGUUCGAGAAACUCGUAUAACAGUAUUAUUAUCACAUAUUCUUAUUGGUUUGUCAUUAUUUAUGCGUGAUAUUCUUAAACAAAUUCCAAUGCCAGUAUUGGAUGGUUUAUUUCUUUAUUUGGCAUUGACAUCCCUUGAUGGAAAUCAAUUGUUCGAACGCGUUACAUUAUUUUUUACUGAACAAGCUGCUUAUCCACCUAAUCAUUAUAUACGACAAGUUCCACAACGUAAAAUACAUCUUUUUACUUUCUUACAACUUAUUCAACUAUUUAUCUUAUGUUUUCUGGGUUUUUCACCAAUACUUUAUACAAAAUUAGUAUUACCAAUAUGGCUUGUAGUUAUGGUUGCUUUUCGUUAUAGAAUAUUACCAAAAAUAAUUGCUACAAAAUAUUUACGAGCAUUAGAUCAACGAUUAUAA